AUGUCCUUAACACUAUCAACGCCCGCCCGGCGCAUCACCACCCUCCCCUCAACCAUCCGUCCCAUAUCCCAUCAACAAUGCCGCCACGCCUCCCUGAUCCGCCGCCAAAAGCGCCCCUACACCUUCACCCAGCUCAUCACCCUGUCCGACGGCUCGACCUUCGUGCACCGCACAACAUCGCCGAUCGCGGUCGUCAAGUCAAACAAGGAUGUUAAAAACUCCCCGCUCUGGAAUCCGAGCAGUCAGAAGCUGCUGAAUGUGGAGGAGGACGAGGCGGGGAGGCUGAGGGCGUUUAGGGCGAGAUUUGGACGGGGUUGGGAUGCGGAGACUGCGGCUGAACAGGAGGAGGUACGCGAAGGCGAAGACGCUUUCCCGCCAGAGGAAGCUGAGGACAGCCUCCUGGAUCUGAUAAGCGGUUACGGACAGCAAGCGGAGGCAAAGGGCGAAGCGAAGGGGACGCGGCAAGAGGCUCCGAAAGCUGCCGGUGGGAAAGGUACCGCGAAAGUAUCGAAGUCGCGGGUUCCUUGA